AAACCAUGCGUUGGUUUUUCGUACAAACAGGUGUCACCAAGUUUUCGAUGGAAAUGAAGGUAGCAAACCCAAACUGGUACGGUUUGGUACUGUUCUGUUCUAUCAUAGGACACCAAUGCCAUUACAUCCCAACAAAGAAGAAUACACGCACUCUCCCUCCGCUUGACCUCCCUCCCAUAACGUCCCCUGCCCCUCCCUAAUCGUUGAUAUCGUUUCGACUUUAAUCGGUGCAACAAAAAUAUUGUUAUACAUCAGCAGCAGAAACGACCACGCGCCAAUUCGAUACAUCAGAUCAAAUUCGUAUCGUCGAAAUUUUCAUCUUAGUAGAGAGCAAUCCCGGUCGAAUCAAUCGGUCGAACCAAUAACUAUGCCAACUACGGGUCACCCUUUCACGAUACUGCUGCCGUCUCUCGGGGGGAGACGCUGUGGCGUCCGGGUUUUCCAAGGCAUACCGACGCAUUCUGUUGCCUUGCUAUUCAUGAUUGCGCUUCUCGCGCUGUCGGGCAAGUGCCGCUCCGAACCGAACGCAACCCUCGUGAGUGCCACCAGAAGAAGCCCCUAUCUAAUGGUGGAUCCCAAGCCGCCGCCCCCGGAUUGCCACAGAACGUUAGCACCGGCCUAUUUCCUCGAAACCACCCGCGAGGCCCACACACUGGUGGUGGAACUCCCGCAAAAGGUGUCGAGGAAAAACCUCGGAAUCGACGUCGACUACCAAACCGGGAGCAUCACGGUCCUCGGGUGGUGGAGCGAGCGGAAGAUCCGAGGCGAGGCCCCACGCAAGAUGUGCGUGCACCACAUGUGGAGGAUCGAUCCCUCUCUCAUGACCGAGGAGGCUGUCCGGUCCGAGGAUUCCGUCUCCGUCUACGACCUGGUCAUGUCGCUGCGGGACCAGCGGCUGGUGCUGUCGCUUCCGGUGUCAAAGUGUACAACGGAAAAUGACGGCUUGUCGCCACCGGCGCCGCCGCCCUCACCGAUUGUCCCGAGCAACCAUACCGAACGCAUCGACCGCAACAAAAACAACAGCGACGACGACGACAACGACAGCCAGCUCUCGAUCAUCAUUGCUUACGGUACCACACUAUGGAAACAGCUCCGAGGACUGUCUCGGCUAAAGGAACUCUCGAGACACUAUUCGAAUUUGCCGUGGGACGACGAAGCACUCGGAUUCGAACCCGAAAGCGGCGGUGUGGGAUUGCAGUCGCACCCGCAGAACAGCCUGGCUUAUUUGAGAUCCCGGCAGGUUGCACUGGAGCACUUUUUGACGCGCUCCAUGGGUGUGGUAGAGAACAAAUGGUACUGACGGAUGACUAGCAACGCGAAACGCAUCGGGGUGCGAUUGUAUCUCGAGCCGAUGAAAAAACAGCUCCCGCACCUGCUUGUAAAAUAAUAAUUCCUGUACUGCGGCCGAUCGGGCUGCUAUUAUAUCAAAAACUACAAUCAGUGUCCUGCUACAGGCUUUAUUUUGAAGAACCGACCUCGGCGAUGCGGUUUCAGGGUUUAGGCUUCCAGUUGGCACGUUUUCAGCGACAAGUCCCACAACGCCCUUGCCUUGGCGUCGUCCAUCGAUUCGGCGCUGCUAGCGAUCGCCGCGAUCUCGGUAGCCCCCCGGGGCAGCUCGAAGUACUGCCCGCCUUUCCCGGCCGCCUCCGAGGUGCUCGCCAGCACGAUCGUCUCGGCGCCGUCCUCCGGCGACCUCGUGACCCCCAUGCCGAAGUACCGGAAGGGGUCCAGGACGAACCGCAAAAAGAAAAUGCCAAGAGUCCCCGCUUGCCGAUUGAGACCGGUCGUUGGAAUGAAUCCGGGGCUCAGGGCGUUGACCCGAACCGAUGAAUUGCCUGCUUCCCCGCCAUCCAAUCGACGCUGCAGCUCGUAGGCGUACCAUAGGUUGCAGAGCUUCGAUACUUGGUAGGCUUUCAUGCCGUCGUAGUUUUCACGAGACGGAACGAGACCCUCUGGAAAGCUCGGAAGCAAAAGUUUCUUCUUGACUGGAUCGAUCUCGAUCGCUUCGUCGCGAUCGGCGGUGGUUUUCUUUGCCAUGUACUCGUUCUUUUCGUGCAAACUCGAAGAGACAAUCGUUACUCUCGCUCCGCCCUCGGCCCGUUCGAGAUCCUCCAACAAGAGCUGCGUCAGGAGAAAGGUACCAAAAUGGUUCACGCCGACGAUUUCUUCGAGGCCGUCCGCGGUUUCCCGAAACGGCGUGUCCUUUCCCCAUCCCACGCCGGCGUUGUUCACGAGGAUGCUCAGCGACGAGUCCGGCCGGUUGGCGUCCGGAAUGGCGCCACCGUCAAGGGCGUGGAUGUCUUCGACGAAUUUGCGAAUCGAAGCAAAGGACGACAAAUCCAGAUGAACGUACGCGACCUGGCUCGAAGGGUGGGCGGAGCGAAUUAGGUCCUCGGCCGCCCUACCCUUUUCGUCGCUCCGGCACGCCAGGAUCACCUUGUAUCCGAACUCGGGGGAAGCCAGUUUCUUGGCGGCAAUGAAUCCGAUCGACGAGGGAGAAGCUCCAGUUACGAUUGCGUACUUCAUGGCGGGGUUUUGGUUUGUGUUGCUACCCAAGUUGUUGGUGCUUGCGUGAUGGUUUCAGAUCGUGUUUUUUCGUAGCAAUUAUCUACUUUUUCGAACAGUUUGGAACUGUGGAACAAGAAGAAAAAAGAUCCAAAUAAAUCGUUCCCGAGCUACUUUUUCGAUUAGGUCUUUUACUUUUAACUUGCGGGGCUCUCCAUGCGAUAGGGUACUACCGUACGGUACUAGUAGAGAAUGAGAGCUAACGGUAUUGGCACAUCAUAUCAGUCCACUUACGUCAAUUUCGGAGAUUGAAGAUCAGGUUUUAGGGGAUGGUCAGAAAAUAAAAUUAUUUAUUGAUU